AUGACAGUAAAAAAAAUAGUUAUUCUUUAUACAGAUGAAGAUAAUGAAUGGAGUAAGCCAUGGGGUAAUUUUGUUGAUAUGGCUAUCAAACUGCUAGAACAGACCAGGAAACUGGAAUGCAUUAAAGAGGAUGUUGAAUAUGAGGUGUUUCAUGUGCAAAAAAAUUUGUUUCCUCAAUUGUCGAAUCUUCAAAAAGAUGAAUAUUUGGGCGUAUACAUCACUGGGUCAAAAUAUGAUUCAUUCGAUAACAAAAUUGAAUGGAUUAUGAAGCUAAGAAGUUUCUUAAACGAGAUGCUAAGUAGUAAGAUUGAAUAUCCACCCGUGGCCGGAAUAUGUUUUGGCCAUCAAAUUAUCGCAGCUGCCCUAGGCAGUUCAGUUGGUCGGAACCCGAAAGGGUUUGAAGGUGGUGUUGUGUCACUAAAACUAAACUCAGUGGGUCAGGAGCUAUUUGGUGGUCCACAGUUAAAUCUUUCGGAAGUGCACAGUGACUGUGUGUUCAAUGUUCCAGAUGGAUAUCAAAAUUGGGGGUCAAGUGAAAAAUGUCAUAACCAAGGGUUUUAUAGGCAAAAUAAAGUGCUAACAUUUCAAGGACAUCCUGAAUUUAAUAGUGACGUCGCUCAGAAAGGACUGUUGAAGUCUCAAGACAAGCUCACCCUCGAAGAGUUUGAUAGAUACGAAAGACAGUGCCAGGAGCUGGAUAAUAAUGGUAUUCAAGCUGCCAGGAGUAUUUGGAGGCUAUUCUUGCAAAAAAUAUGA